AUGAUAUAUAAGACGCCAACAUUCUCUGGCAGCCUUACUCUCAGCGGCCAAACAUCCCUGCCCUGCAAACGUUUGCUCAGUCAACAACAAGAAAUGGAGCGCAUGAUGAAAAAACGUAACGCUAAACUUCUGUAUGCCCCUACUGUUUACGGCGGGGCAGGUGGUCGUGGAGUCCAGAUCUCUACGUCCACCUCUGGCUCACUGGUUUCCUCUAGAUACAACGACGGGCAUGACUACCAGUCCUCAGGGUUUAUUUAUGGGACGCUGGCCAUCAAGGAUGAAAAAUUUGCCCUGAAGCAACUGAAUGACCGCUUAGCCAACUACAUGGAAACUGUGAGGAGUCUAGAGAAGGCCAACAGCCAGCUGGAUAUCAAAAUCAGAGAAGCCAUUGGGAAAAGAGGCCCACUGGAGGGGCGGGAGUACAGCAAAUAUCAUACUAUCAUUUCAGAUCUCAAAGCAAAGAUAAUACAUGGGAUUAAGGAUAACAUGCAAAUUGCUAUCACCCUUGACAAUGCCCGAUUGGCCUCAGAUGACUUUAGGAUCAAAAUGGACUACGAGAUAGCCAUGCGUCAGACAGUGGAGGCUGAUGUUGCAAUCUUUCGAAAGCAUCUGGAUGACACCAAUGUAAUUCGUCUGCACUUGGAGAGUGACGUUGAAUCCCUGAAGGAAGAGUUAAUAAGCCUUAGGAAGACCCACGAAAUUGACAUUGCUGAAUUGCGUGCCAAGACCACUCAGGUUGGUGUCCGCGUGGAUGUUGAUGCUCCCAAGGGCCAGAAUUUAGCUGGGAUUAUGGAGGACAUGAGGGCAAAGUAUGAAAAGAUCAUACAGAAGAAUGCUGAGGAGGUCAAACUAUGGCAUGAGUCCAAGAUCAGAGAGGUGCAGGUCCAAGUAACUGAGCAGAGCACAGCACUGAGAGAAUCAGCAAAGCAGCUGGCUGAAAUAAACAAGAGGUAUCAGCAAUUGGAAAUUGAACGGCACUCGGCACUGAGCCUGACUGAGACGCUAAAGGCAACACUCCUAGACACUGAAAUGCGCUACAACAAGGAGAUAACUAAGUACAAUGAGAUCAUUCUGAGGCUGACAGAAGAGCUCAGGCAGAUCCGCGCUGAGAUCCAAGAACUUACAAGAAAUUACGAACACCUCUUCAACAUCAAGGUCAAACUAGAGGCCGAGAUUGCAGAAUACAGGCGUCUGCUUGAAGGAGAGAAUACCAUCAAGCUUGAAGAUGCCCUUAAGAAGACAGUCGAGACCAAGGUGGUGACAGUCACUCAGACUCUAGUGGAUGGCAAAGUGGUGUCAGAGAGUAAAGAUGUGAAAUCCGGUGUAGUGGUGGAGCCCUAA